CCUCUCUUACUUUUUCCUCUGCUUUUGUUUUGAUUUUUCUUGGUAUAGAGAUGAAGGCUAUAGAUUCCCAAUCAUCAUCUCCACUCUGUAGGGAACACCCAUAAUUGCAUCCAACAGUCUCUUUCUCCAUGGAAACCUGAGCUGUUAAGCUUAAUUCUUCUUACUUCUCCUUCACUUUUUUCUUCUUCCCCUGUUCCAAUAUAAAUACCCAUCAAUCUCAAUCACCUUUUUUCUUCCAUACAAACAUCUUACUUCCACCCUUUUUCUCUUCUUCCAUCCAUCAUGGAUCCUUCAUGCACUGCUACUUCUGUCAAUGGUUUCUACAACUUGCUCACUCGAGGGCUUGAAGAUCUUGAUUGCUCCUUCAUUUCCCAUAACUUCAUGUCAAUCCAAUUCCUUCAAAAAGCCCUCUCUUCUCUCAGAUCUUUUCAUUCCCAUUUGACCGUUUUGGUCCAAAAGCUUCAACUUCCGGUUGGAGAGAAGUGGCUUGAUGAAUACAUGGAUGAAAGCUCUAGGCUUUGGGAAGCCUGUCAUGUGCUCAAACAAGGCAUCUCUGGGAUGGAAAGUUAUUAUACUUUGGGUGGAAAUAUAGCUUCCUCUGUCGAUCAUCACCACCAUUUUAACCCUCAGUUUUCCAGACAGGUCAAAAGGGCAAUCUCUGCUUGCCAAAGGGAAAUUGUGGGGUUGGAAGAGGAGAACAAAAAUUUGGUGGAAACAAGAGGACAGCAACUAUCUCUGAAAUUUGAUGAGAAUGUUAUGGUGGAAUCAAAGUUAAAUGGUUUCAAUGGAUUUAGAGGUGUUCUUUAUGCAAUGAGGAAUGUUACCUCUUUACUUCUGAUGAUCCUGCUUACUGGAUUGGUAUAUUAUUGCCCUGAAAUGAGUUUUGUCCAUGGAGAGCUAGAAGGAAGACAUAUGAGGUUUGGGUCAGGAUUCAUGGUUUGGAUAGCAAGAUUGCAUCAAAGAGUGGAGAAUGAAGUGAACCAAAUUGGAGGGCAGCCAGGGAUUAUGCUUUAUGAGUUCAGAGAAGCCAGAGCUGCCAUGGAAGAACUGAAAUUGGAGCUUGAGAGAGUUGUGGAGUAUGAAUCAGAAGUUGAGAUUCAAGAAAAAGUUGACAAUAUCAAGAGUUGCUUUGGGUUGUUGAGAUGUGGGGUAGAGACUAUAAUUGGACAGAUUGAUGAUUUCUUUGAUGAAAUAGUUGAAGGAAGGAAAAAGCUCUUGGACAUGUGCAGUCAUAGGUAGAGAAAAAGAAAUAUAUGACAUUUGCAGCCCUGGUUAAAGUGAAGUGAAUUAAAGUGGCAUCAUAUCAUCAACUCAAGUUUCAUCCUCUGCCUUCAUUUUGUAUUUUAACAUGCUUAUGUUUUUCAGCUUCUUGUUCCUAUGGAAGUUGUAGCAGCAUCAAUGGUAUUAACUCAGGGAGUAGGGAACAUUUUCAAAGGAAACCCAGAAAGGGAAUCCUCAAGGGAAAAGGGAAUAUAAUUCUUCCUUUGAAGAAAAGCAAAAUUAUCAUGUAAAGAUGAGAACCAAAAAGACUAUAGAAGAGUCAUUAGCUUCAAAGAAAAGCAUGAUCUUCCAAUCCAAAGGGCAGAUUCUUCUUCUUGUAGAGGGAAAAGAAAAUGAUGCUUCUUUGAGCUUUUGUUUUUGUCUCCAUGACCAUAAAUUAGAGUCAGAUCUUUGUAUUUCAUUAUGACAUUUCCUGUACCAGUAUUUCUUUUUCUGUCCACAUGAUAUGAAUCGCAGGGUAAUUAUUGAAACCGCUGUAUUUUGCAGUUU